AUGUCCGCGGCGAUGCGCGCAUCCGCGGGGGGAAGCGCGGGGCUCCUCGCUGUCCCCCACGGGCGACGGGGCGCGCGUCGUCCCGUCGUCGCCCGUCGACCCGUUCGCGCGCCGGCGUCCUCGGCGACCCCAUCCUCCGCCGACGACGACGCGUCCUGCGCGCUCCGCACGCGCGACGAGACGGCCGCGGAGUUCCGGUUCGAGGGCACGCGUCGCCUCUACGGCGACCGGCGCUUCGAAAAGCUCGCCACCUCGCACGUCGCGGUCCUCGGGAUGGGCGGCGUGGGCUCGUGGACCGCGGAGGCGUUGGCCAGGAGCGGCGUCGGCGCCCUCACCCUCGUCGACCUCGACGUCGUCUGCGUCACCAACGUCAACAGGCAGGUGCUCGCGACGGACGCGUCGGUGGGCGCGUCCAAGGCGGAUACCAUGGCGGCGCGCGUCAGGGACAUCAACCCGCUCUGCGACGUCACGAUCGUCCGGGACUUCGUCUCCGAAGAGAACGUCGAAGCCAUCCUCGGGCUCGAGAAUCUUAAUCGUAAUCGCCGCGACGACGUCCCGUACAAGACGAUUGACUUUGUCGUCGACGCCAUCGACGCCGAGAGGGACAAGGCCGCCGUCAUCGCGUGCUGCGUCCACCAUCGCGUUCCCGUGAUCACCGUCGGCGGCGCCGGCGGCGUAGACGCGCUCGGUGACGUCGUCGUGGAGGACCUGUCGAGGGCGACGUUCAAUCGCCUGUGCCAGCGGGUUCGCAGACUCCUUCGACGCGAUUACGCGUUUCCGCGGGGCGAAGAGCGCACGCCGCGGGAGAUCUACGGCGUUAGGUCCUCGUUUAAGAAAGGGAACGAUGGGGACUCGAAGAGAGAGACGAAGGCGCGGGGUAAGGGGAGGAAAAAGCCGCAGGGGAAGUUCGGCGUCAAGGCGGUGUACCACAGAGAGAACGUCAACUUCUUCAAGCCCGACCCGGGGACCAGAGGGCGGGGCGGGAUGGGAUGCGACGGCGUGGGCGGCAGCGCCGUGUUCGUGACUGGCGCGUUGGGGUUCAAGGCGGCGUCGCACGUGUGCCUGGCGCUCAUGGACGACGACACUAAGGACGACAGCUGUGCGGCGGCGGCUCGCGGUCCGGCGGCGUCGGGAUGGCGGUCGCGGGUGUGGCCCAAGGGUCGCGGCGAAAGAGGCGAAAGAGGCGGCGGCGAAAGAGGCGGCGGCGGCGGCGAGGGAGGAGGAGGCGGAGGAGGAGGCGGAGGAGGAGGAGGAGGCGGAGGAGGAGGAGGAGGCGGUGGACGAGGAGGAGGGGGAGGGGAAGGAGACGGAAACGGCGAAGGGGUCGACGACGGCGACGGGUCACCCGCGGGGGAGGUCCAGGGCAUUGAAUCGGCGUAUCCGGCGGCGACGCAGCUGUGCGCGGCGGCGGGCGUCGCCGCGGUCGCGGCGAACCUCGAGGACGGGGACGUCGGGGUCGAGGAGGCGCGCGAUGACGUUAACGCCGACGCCGUCGCCGCUGGAGCGUCCGCGAACGCGUCCGCGUCGAUCGCCGCCGCCGCCGCCGCGCUCCCCGCGUCUGCGAUUUUCGACGGUCACUGCCACUGGCACCUGGGCGGCGACCUCUCCGCGUGCGUCGCGCUCGCGUCGUCCCUCCGCGGCGCCGCGUUCACGUCGACGCGGCCGGACGACUGGGAGAUGGCCACCGCGUGCGCGUUAGGGGGGAACGUAAACGUCGACGUAGAAGGGGAGGGUUUCGGGCUGUGCCUGGGCCUGCACCCCUGGUGGGCGCACCAUCACCCGCCGGGCUCGGAUCCCACCUGGUUACCCGACCUGAGGCGUCGGCUCGAGCGCUCGCCCCGCGCGGUCGUCGGCGAGAUCGGCCUCGAUCGCGUCGCGGUUCCCAUGAACGAACGCGGCGAGGUUAUCGGCGAGCCCGAUUAUCCGAACCAGGUGGCGUGCUUCGAGUCGCAGCUUUUACUCGCGACGGAGCUGCAAAGGCCGUGCGUGGUGCACUGCGUGAAAGCCUACGGGGACGUCGCGGACAGGUUCAGGGCGGCGGCAUCGAUGCCGCCGCGAGUGUUGAUGCACUCGUUCGGCGGGACGAGGGCGUACAUGGAAUCGCUGACGAGGAUGAAGCGGUGGGGGAAACGGUUCUACUUUGGGUUCUCCGCCGUCGUCAACCUGCGAUCGCCGAAGACGAGGGCGGUGGUGACGGCGUGCCCGGACGAUAGGAUACUGCUGGAGAGCGACCUGGUUGGCGUGAACGGCGCGGAGUCGGACCUGCGCAGGAUGCUCGCGUUCGUGGCGGAGUGCAAGGGAUGGAGCGCGGAAGAGACGGCCGGGAUAACGAGGGAAAACGCCCUCAGGUUUUACGGCGAGUGA